AUGGCCAUUCAUGUGGAAGGACUGCUGGCCAUCGUCAUCUUCUACCUGCUGAUUUUAGUCGUGGGAAUCUGGGCAGCGUGGAAGAACAAAAACUCCGGGAUCUCGCAGGGAACAGACCGCAGUGAGUCCAUCAUGGUCGGCGGCCGAGACAUCGGUCUGUUUGUAGGCGGAUUUACCAUGACAGCCACGUGGGUCGGAGGAGGCUACAUCAACGGCACCGCAGAGUCCGUGUAUCUGCCCGGAUCCGGCCUGGCUUGGGCUCAGGCGCCAUUCGGUUACGCACUCAGUUUAGUAGUAGGUGGGUUGUUCUUUGCGAAGCCCAUGCGCUCUCGAGGCUACGUGACGAUGCUCGACCCGUUCCAGCAGCUCUAUGGCAAGAGAAUGGGAGGCCUGCUCUUCAUACCUGCUUUACUGGGAGAGAUCUUCUGGUCAGCCGCCAUUUUGUCAGCCUUGGGAGCAACACUGAGCGUGAUAGUAGACAUCAACAUCAGCAUGUCAGUGGUGAUUUCAGCCUUGAUUGCCAUCUUCUACACGCUGGUCGGGGGACUGUACUCAGUGGCGUACACAGAUGUCGUCCAGCUCUUCUGCAUUUUCAUAGGUUUGUGGAUAAGCGUGCCGUUUGCCCUGUCCCAUCCCGCUGUGUCAGACAUCGGCAUCACCGCAGUAAACACAGUGUUUCAGUCGCCGUGGCUGGGAGAGAUCGAUCCUUCUGAUGGCUGGAUGUGGGCUGAUAACUUCUGUCUUCUUAUGCUGGGUGGGAUCCCGUGGCAGGUGUAUUUCCAGCGGGUUCUCUCCGCCUCCUCGGCCAGCUAUGCUCAGGUGCUGUCCUUCCUGGCUGCGUUCGGCUGUCUGGUCAUGGCCGUGCCGUCGGUCCUGAUCGGCGCGAUAGGAGCCUCCACAGACUGGAAUCAGACGUCGUAUGGUCCGGUUCCUCCGGUGGAGAAGGACGAGUCGGACAUGAUCCUGCCCAUCGUCCUGCAGCAUCUCUGCCCUCCGUUCAUCUCUUUCUUUGGUUUGGGGGCGGUGUCGGCCGCUGUGAUGUCCUCCGCAGACUCCUCUAUCCUCUCAGCCAGCUCCAUGUUCGCACGAAAUAUUUACCAGCUUGCUUUUCGGCAGUCGGCGUCGGACCGCGAGAUCGUGUGGGUGAUGAGGAUCACCAUCUUUGUGUUUGGAGCGCUAGCGACCGCCAUGGCCCUCCUGACGGGCUCCGUUUAUGGCCUGUGGUACCUGAGCUCAGACCUGGUGUACGUCAUCAUCUUCCCUCAGCUCCUCUGCGUGCUGUUCAUCAAGGGCACCAACACCUAUGGCUCGGUGGCCGGCUACGUCUCGGGGAGGGUGGGGGGGGGGGAGCCAUACCUCAGGCUUCCCCCGUUCAUCUACUACCCCGGCUGGCAGAUGCGCCAGAAGGAGCAACGUCUCACGCGGGAGGUGGAGCGCUUCGUAGAGCAGAGGUUCCCUUAUAAGACGGUCUCCAUGCUGGCUUCACUACUGAGCAACGCUGCCUUCUCAUAUGCGGCCAAAUAUCUGUUUGAGAGCGGCACGCUCUCGCCCAAGUAUGACUUUCUGGACGCAGUGGUUUCCAGACACAGCAAAGAAACGAUGGACAAGACCACGCUCGUCGCCCACGACAAUAUCAUCCUGUCAGAGCUGGCUGCUGUUAAGGGAACGUUCGUGAACACAGACGUCCUGACUGACGAGGGCAACGUGAGCCCGGACUCCAGCGCUGAGCACCAGUAGAGAGACAGGAACGAUUACAUACUGAAGAUGAAAUGAGCAAGCUGCACCCUGGAAGAGGGUGACAGCAGGCCAAACAGGGAAAACUGUGCAAUACUAAUGGAGGGGGAACAAGUAGUGCAAUUACUAUUGACCUGACCUGACGUGAUUGAUGGUAUGUAUGAAACAAGCUUACUGCUUAGAAUAUAACUGUUAUAGAGCAAUAUGUUUUUAAAAGUAUCUGUUACUGUCUGUAAUCCAUAUCAUUCUUGAAGACAAUGGUUCGCCCAAAAACGAACAUGCUGUCUUUACUUACACAGCCUCAGGUCUGGUAUUUGAAAGCAAACAGACUGUUAAGCUCCAAAGAUGAUAGAAAAGUACUCCUCGUGGCACAUGCACUAUAUUCCAAGUUGGUCCUGCUUAAUAGUAGCAUUAGCAUUUACAUUUGAUCCAGUGUGGUUUUUGUUUACAUGCAUGCUGUUCUGCAAAACUCUUGCCAGAUUGGCAUUUGCUGCUAUUGAGUUUGGGAUACGGAUGGAGUCGGCUGUAGGUUUAGGGUCCAGUCAGCUGUGUAAUUCAUUGCAUGCAGGUACUUCAAAUUUAAGUAUAAUGCAAAUCGCAUAUUUAUAC